AGUCAUUCUGCGAGUUGUGACCAGCCCGAAUAUUCAAAAUACCGAUCCGGACCCUGCAGACACACACUAGCAUGAGGACCUUUAUCUCAAAGCUGAGACGUGGCACCAAGACCGAAUCAGGGCUUGGUCUUCAAGAAGCACCACAAGAAAGCCCUCAGCAACGCCUCUACCGAUAUCGCAAACAGCGCGGAGUUAACCUUGGAUCGUGGUUCGUUUUAGAGCGGUGGGUAUCAGGAUCACCAUUUCAAGGCGCCGCCGGCAGCGGGCAAAGUGAUCUCGACGUUGCCAAGGGCCUACAUGCGAAGCAGGUUCUAGAACAUCACUGGGAUUCCUGGAUCACCUCCAGCGAUUUCGAAUGGCUCGCGGCAAGGGGAAUCAACACUGUGCGGAUCCCAAUCGGAUACUAUCAUAUCUGUGCGCUGGACCCAUCUAUCCUUACUCGAACCGACUUCGAUGGUCUUCAACAUGUUUUUGAAGGAGCAUGGAGUAGACUCGUUGCCGCGGUGGUCACAGCCCAGAGCUUUGGAAUUGGGGUGCUGUUUGACCUCCAUGCAGCUCCUGGCAAACAGAAUAAAGAUUCGCACUCCGGAACAUCAUCCCCGGUAAUUUCGUUUUUCAACAGCAGAUUUAAUAUGCAGCUGGCCAUUCGCACUCUCCGGAUACUGGUCACGCAGCUUAUCGCUCUGCGGGCACAUGGACCCGUAUUCGACAAUAUAGUCGGAAUACAGCUUCUCAACGAACCUCACCCCUCCUCACACCAAACACUCUAUGACUGGUACGGGGAAGCAAUCCAAGAGAUAAGAAAGAUAGAUUCUGGGUUCCCAAUCUACAUAUCAGACUGCUGGAUGACUGAUCAAUAUGCCGAUUUCGUCGCACACUUACCGUCUUCCUUGGCGCUGACUUGCAUCGACUAUCAUCUGUACCGGUGUUUUACGUCGAGCGACAUCUCAACAUCAGCAGCACAGCAUACUGCGUCCCUUGCUGAUCGGAAUGCUCCCUUUUCGCAAAUGUUCUCCCGCGUCUCAGAGAAACUCGCAGCAUCAGGAAGUGGACUCAUAGUUGGCGAGUGGUCUGGAGCCUUGAAUCCAGGCUCUUUGCGAGGUACAACGGAUGAACAUCAGGAACGAGCAUCUUACAUUCGAGCUCAGCUUGACCUGUUCGAGCUGUACUGCGCUGGAUCUUUCUUUUGGACGUACAAAAAAGAGUGGCCUGGAGACCAAGGAUGGUCUUUUCGAGACGCAGUCGAAAAUGGCAUCUUUCCCAGAAGUCGCCAACAUGUAUCCUACUGGGCCCGUUUUCCUAGUUAUUACGAGCAUUGGCGUUUUGAAGCCGGCUUUGAUCAGGGCUGGGUCGUGGCUUACGACUUCUUCGCGUUCGAUCGCGCGGGCCAGGUCGCCGUCUCAGAACUGGGAUUCAAGGGCUGCAUUGCGAAGAGGAAGGCGCAAGACCAUAUUCGUGAAUACGGGCGCAGCAACAACAUUUGGGAGUUCGGUGAGUGUACUAUUCAAGGUGGUUUCCUUUCUAGGUGUUGCCGCUUCUCGGCCGGCAGCACGACAUACCCGCUAUCUCGAUAAGUUCAUCUGUGAUAUCGCAGAUUUAGGUGGCCCUAUUUCUAACAUAUUCCAGAGCAUGGAUUUAGCCAAGGGGUAGAUGUUGCGAAGCACGAUUUUCAACAUCAGUAUUGUUGAUUUUCACGUGUCACGCGUAAGAUUUUCAUGAACAGACAAUCCAUAUCUCUGCAUGCCCAUGUCCUCGUGUAUGAUAGUGUCGAUAUAUUCGAUUG